AUGGCAGACGAGCUGUUCGCCACGCUCAAACCUAGCUUCAAGAAUGGAGAUGAUCCCGAAUUCGGCAAUUUCACCAUUGGCGUCUGGCCUGAUCCUGAGGAUCGAUAUCAGAUUUGGAUCAACUGA